AUGCCUCAUCAUCUCCUCACACACCUCUUCCCCUCCAACGAAAGUUUCGGCUACGAAGCCCUCCGCGCAGCCGGCUACUCCAACUGCGGCGCCUCAGACAUCGGCGAAGUCAUCACAAUCUGCCACAACAUCCCCCCGGGCGACGAAGACCGCUGGCUCCAGGAAUGGAAAGCAGCCGGCCAUCGCGCCGUGGCCAACGCCAAAAUCAGCUUAUCCAAAGGCAAUACAGUCGGAGCGAGGGAAGCAUUCCUCCGCGCAUCCAACUACUUCCGCACCGCUGAAUUCUACCGUCGUGAGAACCCGCACGACGAUCAACUCAGCAAGGAAUUAGCAGAUGCGAGCAUCGACACGUUCUACAAGGCAGCCGAGUUGAUGCCAUAUGUCACCACCAAAGUUGCCAUCCCCUACGAGGGAACAACACUACCCGGUAUCAUGAUGAGACCCGAUGCCAACGAUAAGCCACGACCGCUCAUCAUUGUAAACGGCGGGUUUGACUCAACAAUGGAAGAAAUCGUGUACUCUGUUGGCGGCGCCGCUCUCCAACUUGGCAUGAAUGUACUUGCCUUUGACGGUCCCGGCCAGGGCUCUGCAGUUCGCAAUCAAAAGCUCUUCUUCAGACAUGACUGGGAGAAGGUAGUCACCCCCGUCGUUGACUUUGCUCUGUCGCAUCCAUUCGUCGACAAGUCGAAACUCGUUCUCGUGGGCCUCAGCAUGGGGGGAUACCUCGCGGCUCGAGCGAGCGCCUUUGAGCACCGUUUGGCGGCUGUCGUUCUGAAUGACGGAGUAUUCGACUUUGGCAGCGUAUUCCUCCCCAAGGAGGAGAACCCCGAUCCCAACGCACCGGAUAUGAGUGUCAUUCUUGCCACGGAUGAGCACGACGAGCAAGCAAAUGUUGCUAUUCGCCAGGGUGCCGCUCUCAACACUGGCUUUAAAUGGGCCAUGAAUAACGCCAAAUAUGUGUUUGGACUGAACUCCGAGGCAGGGACGAUUCGCGAGGCGCAAAAAUACACACUCAAGGACGUGGUUGAGCAGAUUAAGACGCCGACACUGGUGCUUGAUGCGCCGGAUGAUCAUUUCAUGAAGGGUCAGCCUGAAGAGCUGUUUCAUAAGAUGAAGUGCGAGAAGGAAUUGGUCACGUUGACUGCGGAGGAGGGCGCCAGUCUGCAUUGCCAUGUUGGCGCUGGCUCGAGGCUGGGACAGGUCAUGAUGGACUGGGUGCUGGACAAGUUGAGUUCAGUGUAA